AUGACAACAACAACAACAACAAAGAAACACAAAAACCCAUUACUCCUGCCAGAGGUGCUCGACAGAGUCGCACACUUUGUCUACAGCUGCGACGAUGACUACUGGGACUACCAUCCCGAAGUCUUUCUCCCCUGUCUCCUCGUCUGUCGGUUCUGGCACGACUGUUUCCUCCCUCACCUCUACAGCACAUUCAUCUCAGGACAAACCGACGAUGGAUCGCCCUAUCACCCUCAUACGCAGCACCUUCGGACCUUUAUCAUGUUCAGACCCAUCUCCGACAAGGAAUUGCCCUACAAAGUCGAUGGCUCGUCCAGAGCAACACCUCCAAGUCAAUUGACCACCCUCAGAGUCCGCCACGGCGCAGAAGCCAUGCUCGACCUCCUGUCGGCCAAUGCUGGAUCCAGCCUUCGUGUUCUGACAUGGACAUCGUCCAAAUUCCUGGUCGAGAUGCCACCUGCGAUGGUCAAGGCAAUGGCGAUGCUGUCGGGUCUGGUGUCGUUGGAGCUGGACAGCUGGAAGAUAGAUCGGGCUGAUCUCCUUGCCAUCCUGAGUGCCUGUAGUUCGACUCUGGAGAUGCUUUCGUUGCGUCUCAUCUCUGGCUACGGGGACGCUCCCUUCCUACCACUCGAUUCGAGUCCCGCCUCUACUGUCACACCAACACGAGACCUGUCGACAUCGUUGUCGUCUCUGUCGAUUCUGCCUUCACAGCCACCAAAGAUGAAACGACUGUUGGAGUUACGACUGGUCCUCGAUUGGCAUCAGAGUCCCGCUGCAGUGCACCUUGUCCAGCUCUGCCCUGCCUUGCAAUCUCUGUACCUGAAUGUCGAUGUCGAGACAUCCGAUUGGCCGGCUCUUAUAUCCAAUAUGCGGACUUUUUGCCCUCGGUUAGAAUCGAUCGAAUACGAAGUCGGAUACUCGAUGCAGUACGAGACGGGCUGCUAUAUCGAGUCAUCCCUCUAUGCCUCUUUGCUCCGAGAUAGCACCGUUGAGGGUGAGGGCCAACUGAGAAGAGUCGUCUUGGGUGUCAAGUUGGAUGAGCAUAUCACUGAGGCCCUGUUGAAGCACUCGGAGACGUUGGAGGAGAUGAAUCUAGAGGUGAGGGCGUUUGGUCCAGAGGAGGUGAGGAUGGUGGGUCGGUUACUUGCCGGCUGUCGACGGUUGAAGGAGGUUGAUAUUGAGGAUGUGGGGAAGGAUUGUGAGGCCAAGGAUCUGGUGGAGUUGACGAGGGAGGUGUGGGUGUGUCGGGAUCUGACGAGUUUGACGAUCAGUGGAUACUCGCCAGGGCAAGCCAAGGAGGAGGAGCCAUUGACGGCAAAGGGGAGGAAGGUAAACAAGCUUCGAGAGCCAAAGGUGGGGAGGGAGCAAGCUGAGAGGGAAGACAAGUUGAAGGUGUUUACAGAGAGUGGACAGGGGUGGUAUGUGAGGCCUUCGUUACGAGAGAAGGACGUGGAGGAGGCAGUUGAGGAUGUGGAUAUGAAGCGACGGUUGAUGGUUCAUAUGAUGGAGAGUGGAUUGGAGCAAGUGGAGAGGGUGCAGUUUAAUGAGAGCAAGUUUUAUUCGGACGAGAAGUAUUUCACUGACGAUGAGGAUGAGGACGAGGAGGAUGAGGAGGAGGAGGAAGAGGAAGGGGAGGAGGAUGAAUGA